UCCGCCGCUGCAGGGGCCACCGCGGGGAUGCCGAGCGCAGGCACCGCUGCUCUCCGCGCGCUGCUCAGCUGAAGGCGCACAGGACUCAAUCACUGCAGGUGUCCACGCGGCCAUUUUAUGUGCACGUUUCUCUUCCACUAUGAGAAGACCAGUUGUAUUACACAUGUGCCUGGCGCUCUGUAGCCUUCUGCUUCUUGACUGUGCCACACAGUGCUUGGCCUUCCCCCAAAUGGAGAGAAGGGAGAUCGCACAUGUUCAGGAGACAACAGGGCAGCCCGAGAGCAUAAGCAUGGAUUACCUAGAAAAUAACUCCAUUACUUCAAAGGACACGCCCCAACCGGUGGUCUCUGAAGAUCCAAUGGGAGUGUUAGCGGGACCCUCAGCAAUGCCAUUAAAUAAAGUAUUUCCUAUUAACAAAGAAACUCAUUCUAUGGGAGCUGGGCUCAUGCAGCCUAAUAGCCCCGGCCUUGACACUGCGACUGAGCCAGUGGGCCGAGCGGGGGAUGACAUGUUUGGUUCCAGCCACCCAGACAGACAGUCUCCUGAAAGCCUGCUUUCCAAGGCCAUGGUGACCAACCCUAUCACAGCAGCUGCUUCUUGGAAUAUUGAUGAGGGGGAACCCUUUAGUAGUACCAACACUCAGCCCAUUGUGGACGGGACCACAGAAACCACACAAGGUUUUCUAAAGUAUGUGGAUAAUGAGUUGUUCACAACUGAAAGUCAAGGAGGCGUUAGUCUGGGACAUUCGCCUUCAUCCUAUGUGGAUGCUAACAAAAUACUAACCACCGAUCCAAGGACUGAGGAAUUUGAAGCAGACACAGAUCGUAGGACGACUUCCUUUCCUGCUGUUGAGCCCAUAGUGGGCACCGAGCCUGGAAGCCUCGUGUCUGGUAGGGAGAAGCCUUUGCAGAUGACGGCGGACAAUACCCAGGCGACGGCCCCCAAGCAUGGGCUUGCAACCUCGGUGGACGGCCUGGAUGCUGAGCCAGAGACUGACAGCCUGAUGGGAGUGCCACAAGUCACAGCGAGCAUCAGCACAGCCGGUCCAGAUGCGUCUGUUGUAAGCGAUGAGUGGGAUGACACCAAAUUAGAGAGUGUAAAUCAGAUAAAGACCCCAGAGCUUGGGGACAAUACAGAGACUCAGAUGAGAAUGGAAACAUCUGCGACAGCCCAAGUAACCGAUAGCAGUGUGGAAGGUAUGGACGGGGACGGACCUUUGUUGACAGAGGCUGCACAUAUGGGCCUGGAGCUGCCUGAAGGGGAAACACACACGGAGACAGCCCUGCUAAUAGCACGUGGGGAUGGGCGAUCAUCUGCCUUCACCGAUCAGAUUUCCUUCACUCCUACAAGUCUGACGGAGGAUAUGGAAGUCUCUAUUGUAAACAUGUUGCAAGAUACUGCAGACUCCGUGGAAUCCACUAAGGAAAAUAAUGCCAUGUUUUCCUUAGAGACCACUGUUCCCAUCUCAGAAUAUGAGUCUGAGGCUCAUCAACCCCUGAGAAAUACACUUAAAGACACCAUCAGUCAAGAGAUGAGGACAGCUGCUCCAGAGGCAGAAGCCACUGUAUCACUGGUGACCCCGGAGCUGCAGGUUUCUCCCCUCCCAGUGAGCAGAGCGAAUGGCGAGGCGGAGGAAGGAAAAGAGCCCCCCGCGGCCACGUCGGCCUCCGGUGCCACUCAGCUGUCGAGAAGACAGGAGCCCCUGGCCACUCCAGUCUCCACGACAGCUGUGCCUCUGUCUUUCGAAGUCACUCCCACUGUGGAAGACCUAAUGGACACAGUCACAGGGCCAAAGGAGUUAUUCACACCAGUUUUGGGCUCUCCAGUGACACCCCCUGGAAUAACGGAGGAGGCACCCAGCAUUUCCCCAGCGCUUUCUGAUUCUGAGGCAUCCUCUGUGAGAACCCUUGCUCCAUCCAUUAGCCGUGUAAACACAGCUGCCUCAUAUGGCCUGGACCAACUUGAAUCUGAAGAGGGAGAAGAAGAUGAGGACGAAGAAGACGAGGAAGAGGAAGACGAGGAAGAGGAAGAUGAGGAGGAAGACGAAGAAGAUAAAGAUGCAGACUCCCUGGACGAGAGCUUGGAUGGAGACGCUGAGCUGCGUGGGUUUACCCUCCCUGGCGUCACAUCCCAGGAACCUGGCUUAGAGCAGGAAAACGUGGACCUUCUGGAGGGAGCCACCUACCAGGUGCCAGAUGCCAUGGAGUGGGAGCAGCAGAAUCAGGGCCUGGUGAGAAGCUGGAUGGAAAAACUAAAAGACAAGGCUGGCUACAUGUCUGGGAUGCUGGCGCCCGUAGGGGUGGGGAUCGCGGGGGCCCUGUUCAUCCUGGGAGCGUUCUACAGCAUUAAGGUGAUGAAUCGCAGAAGGAGAAACGGCUUCAAAAGGCACAAAAGAAAGCAGAGAGAAUUCAACAGCAUGCAAGAUCGAGUAAUGCUCCUAGCUGACAGCUCCGAAGAUGAGUUUUGAAUUGGACUGGAAUUUAAUUGGGAUAGUCAACCACGUUAUUAUUUUAUUUUUUAUUUGGGGGCAAAACAAAGAACAACAUUCGCCACAUGGCUGCAGUCAGGCACCAGUCUCAUUAACUUCGGGGUAGUAGGUUUUUCUUGCACUGAGCGGGAAAGGCAUGCUGUAUACUAAAUGUGAUAUGCAGUGUUGGUUUUAAUUCUGUAGUGAAUUUUCCACAACCACGAGCUACAACUCAUACAUAUGCAGCACACAUGUUGUUCUCUAGGAGUUGCUAGGUUAGGUAGAGUAAAUAUUUUGUGUUUUUCCACAGUGUCUUUUCGUUGGUUUGGAUUACCUGCACUAAGUAUAACAGUUAUUGCUACCAAGGCAUGCUUAACUCUGAACAAAGAAUAGCUUGUGAUGACUGCAUUCUACCUACUUGAAACCACAGGCCUGUGGGCCAAGAUACAUAUCCCAUUUGCAUCCAAACUAGCAGCAACUUGGAAUGAAAUCUUUUGUCAAGAAAAUCUUUCAGCACAUGAAGAUUAUAUGUAGAUUUGUAUGUAUCUUGCAUUAUGUAUUUCAGUCUCCCAGUUUUAUCCUUUUUCUCUUUCUGAUUUAUUCUUAUUCUUGGCAAGGA